AUGGCUGAAAAGAAUUUUACAGCUGUUACUGAAUUUAUUCUCUUGGGGCUGACAGACCAAGCUGAACUGAAAGUCAUGUUUUUUGUGUCAUUCCUGGUGACUUAUGUCAUUACUUUGGUGGGGAACCUGGGCAUGAUCUUCUUAAUCCAAGUCACUCACAAGCUCCACACACCCAUGUACUUUUUCCUCAGCUGCCUUUCAUUUGUAGACGCCUGCUAUUCAUCUGUUAUUGCACUGAAAAUGCUGAUCAACUUCUUGGUUGUGAGGGGAACCAUCUCACUCUCUGCUUGCGUAGUGCAGCAUUUGUUUUUUGGGGUGUUCGUCACCACAGAAGGCUUCUUGCUGUCCGUGAUGGCAUAUGACUAUUGUGUGGCCAUUGCCAACCCUUUGCUUUACACUGCAGCCAUGUCUAAGAGGAAGUGCGUAGGGCUGCUCAUUGGGUCAUUCAUAGGUGGAAUGAUUAACUCGUUGACACACACAAUGAGCUUAGGGAGACUGUCCUUUUGUGUCCACUUCUUCUGUGAUGCUCUGUUCCUCUUAAAGCUGUCAUGUUCUGACACCUCCAUGAAUGAAUUGUUGCUCUUAACCUUCUCUGGAGUCAUUGCCAUAACUACCUUCUUGAUUGUAGUCAUUUCCUACAUAUUCAUUGCUGUGGCUAUCCUGAGGAUCCGCUCAACAGCAGGAAGACAGAAAGCCUUCUCCACCCGUGCCUCUCACCUGACUGCUGUGACCAUAUUCUAUGGUACCUUAAGCUUUAAUUACAUUAAACCAAGUUCUCUGUAUUCUGUAGAACAGGAGAAGGUGAUUUCUGUGUUCUAUACACUAGUGAUUCCCAUGUUAAACCCAUUGAUUUACAAUCUGAGAAACAAGGAGAUAAAGGCUGCUGUGAGAAGGGCCAUAGAAAUGAAACAUUUCCCCUGUUAA